UUUGAUGUGCGGAACGGCUGCAAUUCGCAUAGAAGCAGACAGACCAAUCUUAUGGUUGGUUUUCCCCUUCAACCAGGUCGACAUACGCCAUCAGCGCAGAGUCUCUUCCAGCCCACUCUAAAUCAGGUUUUGACACAGAGACGAUGCAACACUAUCAAGAGACCAGUAUGUCCGGUGGGCUGGGCUAUGCCAACUAGUGUUCCAUAAUAAGCACAUGUUCACACUCAUUGAUAAAUAUGACUUCGUAAGGACACGAAGCAAGGGAGAAAUCACCCACGGCAACUCCUUCCAAUGAUUUCGACUCUCCUGUUGGCGUUUCUUCUGAUUGGUGCCCUGGUAUUAUAUCGUUUGUCCCUCCUUUUUAAUCGUCGACGACUACCUCUCCCUCCUGGACCCAAGGGACUCCCGCUGAUAGGGAACCUCUGGGAUGUUCCCGUAGACUACCCAUGGCUAACUUAUGCGCGAUGGGCUGCCACCUAUGGCGAUGUCUUAUAUCUGGACACACCCGGAAAUCCGACCGUUAUAAUCAACUCGGUUCAGGCAGCGACCGAUCUCUUCGAAAAACGUUCUGGGAAUUAUUCUGAUAGGCCGGAUUUCACCAUGUUAAAGCUAGCGGGAUGGGACAAUAAUUUUGCUUUUAUGCGAUAUUCUGAUUGGUGGAGAAAACACCGCCGAAUGUUUCACCAAUACUUCCAGCCUCGUGCUGUCCCGGCAUACUACCCUGUGCAAAUGAGAGCCACAUUAGACUUGCUCCAACAGUUGCAUAGAUCUCCCGAUGCAUUUGUCAAGCAUGUCCGCCACCUUGCCGGUUCCAUCAUCAUGAAAACUGUCUACGGAUAUGAUGUAGACCCAAAUGGUGAUCACUUCGUGGAAUUGGUGGAUCAGGCUGAUGAAAGCAUUCGCGCCACUGCGAUCAUCGGAGCCUUCCUCGUUGAUUACAUCCCCAGUUUACAGUACCUUCCGCGAUGGAUGCCUGGUGCAAAGUUCUUUAGCCUUGCGUCCGCGUGGAGAAAAGACGUUGAGGAUAUGACAGAAGAGCCGUUUAGAUAUACGAUGGAGUCAUUGGGCAACGCGCCCCCUUCAUUCGUGGCGGAAAAUCUAACAAAGAACGAAUCGUCAGAAAAUGCAAAGCACCUCGAAAUUGUAAGGAAUACGGCUGCGGUUGCUUAUUCUGCGGGAGCUGAUACUACCGUGUCUGUCAUUCUUUCCGUGAUACUCGCUUUCCUUCUGUACCCGGAGGUACAAGCUAAAGCCCAAGCUGAGGUGGAUGCCGUCAUCGGUCAUGGCACCCGUCUACCGAAUUUCGAUGACCGUCCGCAGCUGCCCUAUAUUGAUGCCAUCGUGUUGGAAGCACUGAGAUGGAAACCUGUUGCCCCACUUGGUGUCGCUCAUCGUACCAUGGAAGAGGAUGUUUACAGAGGAUAUUACAUCCCUGCGGGCGCCACUGUUAUUGGCAAUGUUUGGGCCAUGCUUCACGACGAAAAAGACUAUCCUGACCCUCUGGUGUUCAAUCCCGACCGAUUCAUGCCCCAAGAUGGUAGAGAAGUACAACCUGAACCCACAGUCGUGUUUGGUUUUGGAAGACGUAUCUGUCCUGGCCGUUAUCUUGCAGUAAAUACUGCUUGGAUUGCUGUUGCAUCUCUGGUUUCGACUUUGUCGUUCUCCAAGGCGGUGGAUUCUGAUGGUCGGGUCAUUGAACCGAGUAAUACCUAUACGAGCGCUUUUGUGAGUUUUCCCAUGCCUUUCAAAUGCCUGAUCAAGGCGCGUUCGGCUGCGGCCCAAGCGUUAUUAGAUUAGGACGGGUUACACCCAUUUUGGAACAACUGCCUUGGUCGGAGGUCUGAUUUACGUUCCUAGUGUACGGGUGAGCAUUUGGUAUCCACAAUUUGGUGCAUGUGCUGCUGGGUUUGAUUCUCUUCGAUGUUUUAACACUCGUUGGUGCGGACUUUGUACAGCUAAG